AUGGCUGCUGCUGUCGCCGCUCCCGCCGCCGAGGCCGCUCCCGCGCCGAACGCUCGCCCGACUCGACCCGAUGAGAAGAUCUUUAAGGAGGAGCUGGCCAAGGCCGAGAAGGAGCACAAGGCUUCCAUGGACAAGUUUAACGCCAUCAAGGCUAAGAUCGACGUUGCCCUCCCCAACAAGAACAAGGACCAGCCCAGCCCGACCCAGAAGCGCCGCCAGGAACUCAUUGCCCAGGCCAACGAGAUCCGCCAGAAGCAGGCCGGCGGCAAGAAUGCUCGCACCUCCAAGCUGGACCAGAUCAAGCGCUUCGACGAGCAGCUCCGCAACCGCAUUGCUGAGCAGAAGACCGCCAAGGCCAAGGUCCCCUUCAAGAGCGUCGAAGAUAUCGACCGCCAGAUUGACAGCCUCGAGAAGCAGGUCAACUCCGGCACCAUGAAGCUUGUCGAUGAGAAGAAGGCCCUGACCGAAAUCUCCAACCUGCGCAAGACCCGCAAGAACUUUGGCCAGUUUGACGAGGCUCAGAAGCAGAUUGACGACCUCAAGGCCAAGAUCAAGGAGAUCAAGGACACCAUGGAGGACCCCGAGCAGAAGGCCAUGUCUGAGCAGUACAACAAGAUCCAGGCUGAGCUCGACACCAUCAAGGCCGAGCAGGAUGAGGCAUAUAAGAACCUGUCUUCCCUGAGAGACGAGCGCACCAAGCUGCAGGCCGAGCAGCAGGAGAAGUUUGCCGCCAUCCGCAAGCUCAAGGACGACUACUACGGCCAGAAGAAGGCCUACCAGGCCUUUGAGCGUGAGGCUCGUGAGAAGCAGCGAGAGCGCCAGCGCGCCGAGCGUGAGCGCUACCUCAAUGAGCGCAAGAAGGCCGAGGCCGAGCGUGUUCUUGCUGAGGCUAGCGAGCCCGCCUACCUGGACGAGAUCCGCCGCGCAAACAGCCUGCUCGUGUUCCUCGAUCCCACCUUCAAGGCCGAGAAGACGCCUCUGCUGGCCAACUCUGGCCUGACCGCCCAGGCCCAGCGAACCGUCGACGAGUCUGGUCUCAAGGGCACCAAGCUCGUCCGCAAGGAGGACCGCGACGACGAGUACGCCCCCGCCCAGACCAAGGGCAAGAAGGGCAAGAAGGGCAACUCGGGUGCUGCCGCCGCCCAGAAGGGCUUCAACUGCCCCCCUUCUGUUGUCGAGGACUGCUCAUUCCUCAGCCUCGACCCCCCUAUGAGCGCUGCUGAUGUCCCCGGCCUCAUUGAGAAGGUCAAGGCCAAGCUUGAGAACUGGAAGGAAGACCAGGCCGCUCAGACCCAGCGUAACAUUGAAAAGGCCAAGAAGAAGCUUGAGGAGCUCGAGAAGGCCGAGGCCAACGGCGACAAGGUUGACGAAGUUACCGACGACCUUAAGGACGCCUCCCUGGAGGACAAGGAGAAGCAGGAGGAGUCAUAA